AUGAUUAUUUACCGGUACCUCAUCAGCCACAUUGAGAUGUUCUCUGACAUAUACAAGAUCCGGGAGAUCGCUGAAGGGCUGUGCCUGGAGGUGGAGAGGAAGAUGGUCAGUAGGAUAGAAGGUAACAUUGAUGGUUCGAUUAUUGGUGGAAAUGCCUCCGCUGAAGGCCCUGAGGGCGAAUGUAUGGAAAGCACAGUAAUCACUGGUGUCGAUACUGUCAUGAACCAUCACCUGCAGGAAACAUAUUCCACAAAAGAAGUCUACAAGAAGUACAUCAAAGAUUACAUGAAAUCAAUCAAAGGCAAACUUGAACAGAGACCAGAAAGAGUAAAACCUUUUAUGACAAGAGCUGCAGAACAAAGCAAGCACAUCUUUGCUAAUUUCAAAAACUACCAAUUCUUUAUUGGUGAAAACAUGAAUCCAGAUGGCAUGGUAUUGGACUACUGUGAGGAUGGUGUGACCCCAUAUAUGAUUUUCUUUAAAGAUGGUUUAGAAAUGGAAAAAUGUUAA